AUGGACGAGCUGAUGGCCCAGCUCGACUCCAAGGACGAGACGAUCCAGAAGGAGUCUGCAAACGUGCUCAACGACAUCAACGUCAACCAGGCCGCGCAGUCUCCGCCUCCCGCCCAGCAGAAGAAGGACCCCAAGAGUCGCUACCAGGCUCGCCAGGCCCGAAAGGCCGCGGCGCUGGUCGAGCAGUACAGCGGGGACAACGCCGAGAACGAUGCCCGGAUAGAGCAGGAAACCAAGGAAGAAGAGGCGUCCAUCAAGAAAGUCUGCGACGAGCUCAACCUCGAGAUGCACGAGGCACACGGCCACUGCCUCUUCUCCGCCGUCGCCGACCAGCUCUCCAUCCUCGGCAUCCUGCCCUCCUCCCAGGCAUCCUACGCCACCACUCGCGCCGCCGCCGCCGACUACAUCGCCGCCCACCCCGACGACUUCGUCCCCUUCCUCCCCUCCGCAGGCGGCGAGGAUGCCCCAGGGGCGGGCGACGCAGGCUUCAUGACGCCCGCGCAGUUUCAGCGGUAUUGCCACGACAUUCGCAGCACCGGCGCCUGGGGAGGCGAGCCAGAGAUCCUUGCCCUAGCGCGGGUGUACAAUGUGCCCAUACAUGUCGUUCAGAGCGGCACGCCGCCCAUCGUCGUGCAUGAUCCAGCCGGUACACCCGGGGAUCCGUUCGAUAAACAUGUCAAGGCCGUUAGGAUCAGUUACCACCGCAGGAUGUACGGUCUCGGCGAGCACUAUAACUCCUUACGUCCCAAGAGCAGCAUAUCCUCCAAACUGUCCGACGCAGUCGACAACAUCCUGAACCGUUGACUUCUUAACUCCGAUUUUGGGCGGAAUGGCAUAUACGAUAACAUAGUAAUCCGCAUAUAAUGUAUCCAAGACAUCAAAGCAAUAUAUAUCUGUAACCAAUAUCAUUACACUAUCUGUUACUCAAAACUACGGUCAGAACAGCAAAUC